UUGGCUAGUGAUAGUAAAACGAAAGCAUCAGAUGCAAGUGUUAUUCAUUCCUCUCUCAUUCCCGUUUAGUUUCCCCAAGUUAAACACAAAAGGUUAAAACUGAGCGGAGGAUGUGCGGAAUGUGUCGGUGUCUGUCGGUGUCUGUCGGACUUUGGCUGGCCGCUCGGCGCCUUCAGACAAAGCUCAAGCUAACAGGCUAACGGCUUAUUAGCUAGCCAAACACCGAGCAGUAAGAUCUGCAAAGAUUGGCUCUGUGAGCGCAUCAAUCUGCUCGGUGUGCGUAACAAACAGAGCGAGCAGCCGCCGGACUCUUAACAUCUGUUGAUCCGCGCAGGACUUCACUGUGAGCGGACUGUUUAGAGACGAUGUGACCGGCAGGUCAUCAGAGGGCGAGGCUAACCAUCCUGUUCAGUGUCAGGCUAAGAGUGAGGAGAAAUAGAUUAGAGGCAGUAUGAGCAGGGAGGAAAGUGAGGACACAGGAUACGUGAGGAGAGACGUCAAGGAAGCAGUGUGGUCAUACUUGCCUGGUCUCCCUGAUGACCUUCUUAACACCAUGCUGGAUGAGCUUGGGGUCGAGUCUAUUGAAGAUCUGACCUUGGUGGAGGAGAGGGAUCUGGUGAAAUACCUCAAACCUAUCCAAAGUCGGAAGUUAAUGAAGGGCAUCAAGGACGGACUUGUUACUAUUAGUAUGGAGUUGGUCUCUGCUCCUGAUCCAAGUGCUCCAAGUUCCACAACUCCAUGUUCUCCAAACACAACAUUCCAGCCUCCAAAUCAGCUGUUGCCCAGCCCUCCAAGCACUGCCCCAAGCAAGUCAAGCGCUUCACAGCCUGGCGUACCAUGGCAUGUUGACUUUCGUCUCAACUGGGACCAGGUGUCAUCAGCCAUUCGACUUAGAGUGGAAAAAGAAGAAACACCAUUGCCAGACGAGAGAAAGGCCUUCGUGAUCGUGCUCGUGGACCAAAUGAUGCAGCACGACCGCAACCCAACCAGAGCCAUGUGCCACAGCGUUGUGAGAAACAUUGUCAGGAGCCAUCCAAAAUCAUUUGGCGACAUUGGCAAGCACGGUGAUACUGCUGGAGACGGAUGUCACUCUCUUCUGCAACAAGUAAAAACGAGAGUGGAGUACAAAAAUAGGAAUAAUACUCUUGCUCAACGCCGCAGAGAAAGGCCGCGCAGGGGAAUGGCAGGAGAGGCCAGACUGGCAAGAGGUCCUGUUGACCAAUACGGAACCUUUUAAAACCAUGAUAUUGCUACUGGAGAGGCUUUCAGAGAGAAAGGAUGGAGGGGAUGAGAUUAGUCAUCCACACACUUCUGCAGGAGGAAAGAUACCUACAGGAGGGGAAGAAGAGGAAGGAAAAAGUAGAGAAGAUAGACAGUGUGAGGAGUGAGGGGGUAGUGAGUUGAGGUGGGACGUACUGACAGUUGCAGCCGUUCACCACACACCAGGGGAUUUUGGUUUGUGUGCGGAUAUGUGGUUUGAUAUUUGAAUAUCCACUGCCAGCCGUCACAUUGAGUAAAGACGCAUGUAACAUCUCUUUCUCUCUCUCUCUCUCUCUCUCUCUCUCUCUCUCUCUCUCUCUCUCUCUCUCUCUCUCUCUCUCUCUGCUCAGAGGAGCAGGAAAUGUCAUUGCUGCCUAGCAACCACGUGGUAGCCUGUAGGGCUAUGGCAAUAUGACAUUUUUUUUUGUCUUUGCCAAAUUUCACACUUCCCCUCGAUUCAAAUGCAUGGCCAAACCAAUAUGAUGAGCUAGACACAAGCCUGUAAUUGGCCUUGUGACAGACUUGUGUGUGUGUGUGUGUGUUUGUAACUGUUGUAGUAUUAAUAAUGUAUUCAGCCUUUCUAUCUAUCUAUCACAAUGUGUGCCAAUGUUAAGCUUGUGUUUGUCUAUACACACAUGUAUGUGUUUCAUGAAAAUAGGGCCCCUAGAGAUUUACCUCUGGCUAUCUCCAGUAGUUUAUUCACUACCAAACAUUGAAUAAAAUAAACAUAAAUAAUGCAGCACCAGUGGUUAAG